CAAGCCAUAUGUUGGUCUAUCAUCAUUAUUCGAGCAUAUGGUGUAUUUUCGCUGCUGAAUCCGAAUCUUUUGGAUCAUCAACUCACAAGAAUCACCAGACAGAGAAGAGAAAAAGCUAAGGGUCUAGAAUGGAAAACACCAUAAACAUUGAAAUUGCAGAACAAGGCUCUCCUGAAGUUCCAUCACUGAUUAAAUAUAUAUCAUCAAGUGAAGUUGCUGGCUUUGAUACUGCUGACCCUCAAAUUCCUAGCCCAUCUUCCAAAGGAGUUGAAGCAGCCUCACCCGUAAGACAACAUGAUGAACCUGUAGUCAUCAAUCAUGAAAGGAAGUAUUCUAUCAGCAUGCCACUCUCUUCUGAAGAAGUUCAGCUACAACCACUGAACACUAAAACAAAUGUUAUUCCCAUUUCCUCUUCUCAAUCAGGAACUAAAGGUUCUAAGCAUCCACAAGAAUCAAGAUGUUACUCUCAACCAAUGCAAAAGGACCAAAUAUACCAAGAAGCAGUUAAUGGUGACAAAGUAAACAACCACCAUCCUGGCAUCAAAGCAUUCAAGGAUAAGAGAUUUGACUCUUUCAAAACAUGGUCAGGGACACUUGAGAGACAAUUAUCAGUUCUACGUGGAAAGUCACCCAGAGAAAACGCACAAGAUGGCAAUAACAAUGGGAGCACUGAUAGGCCUUUACCUGUUGAUCGCUAUUUCGAUGCAUUGGAAGGUCCAGAGUUAGAAACUCUAAGGGCUUCAGAAGAGACAGUGCUUCCACAAGACAGGCAAUGGCCAUUCCUCCUUCGGUUUCCUAUUUCAUCAUUUGGUAUUUGCCUUGGAGUUAGCAGCCAAGCAAUUCUUUGGAAAGCACUGGCCACAUCACCUUCCACUCGUUUUCUUCACAUAAGCCUCAAAGUCAACUUAAUCUUAUGGUUCAUAUCCAUUGCUCUUAUUGUCACUGUUUUCACAAUCUAUCUCCUUAAAAUCCUUCUCUACUUUGAAGCAGUUCGUCGUGAGUAUUACCAUCCAAUCCGUGUUAACUUCUUCUUUGCACCAUGGAUUGCACUCUUGUUCUUAGCUCUUGGAGUUCCUCCUUCAGUUACCAAAAAUUUGCAUCAUACACUUUGGUACAUUCUAAUGAUACCAAUAUUUUGCCUUGAGCUUAAGAUAUAUGGACAGUGGAUGUCUGGGGGUCAAAGGAGGCUCUCAAAGGUGGCUAAUCCUUCCAAUCAUUUAUCAAUUGUUGGGAAUUUUGUGGGGGCCUUACUUGGGGCAUCUAUGGGCCUAAAAGAAGGGCCCAUUUUCUUCUUUGCUGUUGGGCUGGCCCAUUACACAGUCAUGUUUGUGACCCUUUACCAAAGACUUCCAACAAAUGAGACCCUCCCAAAAGAGCUCCAUCCUGUUUUCUUUCUGUUUGUUGCAGCACCUAGUGUUGCCUCCAUGGCUUGGGCUAACAUUCAGGGUUCUUUUGAUUAUGGAUCACGGAUUGCCUAUUUCAUUGCCCUGUUCCUUUAUUUCUCUCUGGCAGUACGGAUCAAUUUUUUCAGAGGAUUCACUUUCUCACUUGCAUGGUGGGCCUAUACAUUUCCAAUGACUGGUGCAGCAAUUGCAACCUUAAGAUACUCAAAUCAGGUCACAAAUGUCGUUACCAAGACACUUUGUGUUAUACUAUGUCUUAUCUCGACACUCGUAGUGACAGCACUGCUUGUAUCAACUAUUUUACAUGCCUUUGUCUUCAAAGACCUCUUCCCCAAUGACCUUGCCAUUGCCAUAAGUUAUAGAAAGAGAAAACCACAAAAGAAAUGGCUAGGUCUUAGAUACAGAAGCCAUGAUUCCAAUGAGAUUGAAAAUUACUUGAAAUUUGUGAACACAGAUAAAAUUGAUUUAGAAGCUUCUACCCAACUUCCAACCUCAAAUGGCACAGAGGAUUCACAAUCUACGUGAGAAUAGUUGUAAUUAUAGUACUGUGUCCCUCAAAAGACAAGAAAAAAUGUUGGUGGGUUGGGUGAUAAAUCUACGUCAGUCAAACAUGUGAGGAGCAAAAGUAGGAGUUUUCACUGUUCCAGUGAUCAUGUAUUCUAGAAUAUGAAGGUUUGUGUAGAAAAUCAGUUUUGAGUAUAAACAGUUCCCAACUUUAUGUUUUGUAAAAUAAGCGAGUUGUUGUGAUAUAUCUGAGGAAACAGCAUCACAGAGACAAAUUGAAAUCGCUUGUGUAUUUUUUU